UGGGUUCUGCCACCCUCCACCGACUUCCAUUAAUGGAACUCUCACUUGCACUAUGAUAUAAAAACUAAAUCCGAAAUCUCUCUUCCUUCCACCAUUCCCCCCUCCCUCUCUGAAAUGUCAAUACCGUCUAUCUUCUUGCUUGUCAUGACGACGCUCAUGCAAGCCUGGGCCGCGUCUGGCUUGCGCCCCCUGGUGCCCAUAUCAGAAGCAACCAAAUGGAGCUCGGCAACAAACUCCAGGAUGCUGCAGGGGACUGAAUCAGGCUGUAGGACUGGCAAUCCUAUCGAUGACUGCUGGAGGUGCGACCCCGACUGGGAAACUAACCGCAAGGUGCUAGCUGAUUGUGGCGUUGGGUUCGGACGAAAUGCCAUAGGCGGCCGAGAUGGUGAUUUCUACAUUGUCACAGAUUCGGAGAACGAUGACCCAGAGAACCCGAGCCCGGGCACACUCAGGCAUGCCGUCAUCCAAGAUGAGCCGUUGUGGAUCAUCUUUGACCAUGACAUGGUCAUUCAGUUAAAAGAAGAACUUAUAGUCAACUCCUACAAGACCAUAGAUGGUAGAGGAUACAGCGUUGAAAUAGCACACGGGCCUUGCCUAACCAUUCAAAAUGUAACUAAUAUCAUCAUACACAGCGUUUAUAUACAUGAUUGUGUACCUGCUGGGAAUGCCGUGGUGAGAGACACGCCAGAGCAUUAUGGACCGAGAGGUGUCUCGGAUGGAGAUGGAAUAUCGAUAUUCGGGGCCAGGGAUGUGUGGAUUGAUCACUGCACGCUAGCCAACUGCUACGACGGGCUCAUUGACGCUGUCUAUGGAUCAACGGCUAUAACCAUAUCAAACAAUUACAUGUUUCAUCACAAUGAAGUGAUGCUUAUGGGUCAUAGUGAUGACUUCCUACUAGACAAGAAGAUGCAAGUCACAAUUGCCUUCAACUACUUCGGGGAAGGUCUAGUUCAAAGAAUGCCCAGAUGUAGGCAUGGGUAUUUUCACGUUGUCAAUAACAUAUAUACCGGUUGGAAGAUGUAUGCGAUUGGAGGAAGUGCUAACCCUACUAUAAACAGCCAAGGGAAUGUCUUCAUUGCAUCAGAUAGCAAUUCUGCAAAGGAGGUAACCAAACGUGAAACUACACAAGGAGACAAUGAGUGGAAGGAUUGGAAUUGGAGAUCAGAUGGAGACCUCAUGCUGAAUGGUGCAUUUUUUACACCCUCCGGUCAAGAAACUGCUGGGAGCUAUGCAAAAGCAUCAAGCAUGGUUGCAAGGCCAGCUUCACUUCUACCAAACAUCGUUCCCUAUGCUGGAGUUCUCAAUUGCCAGAUAGGGCAAAAAUGCUAAAAUUUGGCAAACCAGAUUUUUAUCUUUAUUUUAUUAUUAUUAUUUUUUUUUGGGGGG